CUGAACUGUUUAGUGUUGUUUUUGAGGGAGGUUGUAUUUAUUUGCUCUUUUAUUAUUAUUUUUUAUGUUUUAUUCAUAUUGAGUUUUGUACUUUUCGCGAGCAUUUUAUAUUGUCUUAUAUUAAGAGUUUUCCCAGACACCUGGAAGGAAGCAGUUAUAAUUCCAAUACCAAAAAAUAAUCAUCCUGUAGAACUAAAUCAUCUUCGACCUAUAAGUAUACUACCUUUUUUAUCUAAAAUUGCUGAAAAGGCUGUUUAUAUGCAAUUAAUGGAAUAUCUAAACCAGAACAAUAUUUUACCUCUAAAACAAUCAGGUUUUAGGGCUGGACUAAGCACGGUUACAGCACUAUUGAGUGUUGUCGAUGAUAUUCUAACAGCGCAGGAUAAAGGAGAGGCUACAAUUUUGACACUGCUGGACUUUUCGCGUGCAUUUGACACAAUAGAUACUACUUUACUUCUGUCGAAGUUGAUGUAUUAUGGUUUUGACUGUAACGCAUUAAAGUGGUUUGAAAGUUAUUUAAAUGGUCGUACACAACGCGUCAGACUUCGAAAUGAAACUGGUACCAACAUUUUUUCUGUUGCGUCUCCUGUUACUCGUGGCGUGCCACAAGGGUCGAUUCUAGGUCCUUUACUGUUUAUCCUUUACAGUGCCGAUAUUACGGGCUGUUUUAAAUAUUGCCAGUAUCAUUUAUAUGCCGACGACCUUCAAGUCUACAUAUCAUUUAGGCCGGAUGAUACUAAUGAGGCAGUUAACAAACUAAAUCUGGAUUUAAGCAUGAUCGCUGAGUGGGCGAAUAAUAAUGAACUCAUCUUAAAUUCAAAUAAAACCAAAUUCAUGAUUUUGGGAUCAAAGAAAUUAAUAGAACGAACGAAUGCUCAUAAGCCUAAAAUUGUUGUUGGUGGCAACCAUAUUGAACAGGUAUCCGAAGUUCGUAACUUGGGUAUAAUUAUGGAUAAUAGACUAAGGUUUGAAAAUCAUGUUACGCAUACAGUAAAAAAUUGUUUUUACAGAUUGAAAAUAUUAUAUAAUAUUCGGGAAUACCUAAGUGAAGAAUUGAGAAUUCAACUUUGUGAGUCACUAAUACUCUCGAAGCUAAAUUAUGCUGAUAUUGUCAUGGGAGAGUGUUUGCUUGCGCGAACCAAACUCGUAAUACAACGAGUACAAAAUGCAUGCGCUAGGUUCUGUUUUCGAAUCCCUCGUAGAGGUCACGUGACACCGUUUUUAAAUCAGAGCAAACUUAUUAACAUGAAAUCUCGUAGAUCGGUUCACUACAGUUGUUUACUUUAUAAAAUAUUACAAAAUCAACAACCGAAAUACUUAUAUGAGAAGCUCAGUUUCUCGCAACGUUUCUCACGGGAAACUGUUCGCUUGUUGUACCCAAGACACAGAACGGCUGCGUUUCGUGGUAGCUUUCGGUAUGCUGCCACAAAGUGUUGGAAUAAUAUACCACCUCCGAUCAAGGGCAGCAGGACAGUUCGCACUUUUAAAGUAAAACUAAAAGAAUAUCUUUUAAAUUUGCAAAGUUAG